AUGGCGUCUGGCGACGAUGCAAACACCUCUCACAGGGGCACUGACGUGCUUCUCUGUUAUUCAGUAAAUAAGCUGCAGAUCGCAAACGGACACAGCUGUUAUUACCCACAGGAAAUGCAGGCUGAAGCCAACCAGCCCUCCAGCCUAGCGCCCCUCCAGCCUGGUGCCCCUCCAGCCUGGCACCCCUCCAGCCUAGCGCCCCUCCAGCCUGGCGCCCCUCCAACCUGCCAGCCCUCCAGCCUAGCGCCCCUCCAGUCUGGCGCCCCUCCAGCCUGCCAGCCCUCCAGCUUUGCGCCCCUCCAGCCUAGCGCCCCUCCAGCGUGGCACCCCUCCAGUCUGGUGCCCCUCCAGCCUUAUGCCCCUCCAGCCUGCCAGUCCUCCAGCCUAGCGCCCCUCCAGCCUGGUGCCCCUCCAGCCUGGCGCCCCUCCAGCCUGGCGCCCCUCCAACCUGCCAGCCCUCCAGCCUAG